AAACCAAAACGAAAAGUUGACAGCGAUUGUCAGUCAGCUUUGUCAGUUCAGAAUUUUAAUGAAUUUAUUUCCGUGUUAUGGUAAAUUGACAAUAUAGUAUGUCGAAAUGCAAUCCAGAGAUACGAAAAGUUUGUGGUCUGUGGCUAAUUUGGCCAAAACGUUGAGACGCGAGUAUUUGUUUAUAACGAAUGAAAAAGAAAAUGUUCGUCAUUUGCAUGAAACCUUCGAAGAAAAUGGAUGCAACACUCUACAGAUUGCCUGGAUUUGCGCGCACCAGCGUCAAAUUUUGAAUAACCUUAUAUUGGCAAAACCAGAUUUCAGUCCAUCGGUAUCAUGUAAUGGAGCCAACAUGUUAACAAACGCUAAAUUUGUUGAUAUUUACAAAAGCAAUAUUAUAAAGUAUCCACAUACAGUAAGCAUUGCUGAGCUAAUUAAUUAUAUACAUGAAUCGCCGGAAAUUUUAGCCCAUUGCUUAUCAAUAGCAGAUCGCACUGAUAUUCCAAUAAACUGUAUAGAUACAGUCGUUGGAUUUAUUGUGAAUGGGUUAUAUGGCAGCAUAAUUCAUUCGAAAGAUGCGAAAGUAAUCAUUAAGUUACUUCAAAUGCUGAUUGAACUUCAAAUCGUGGUAAGCGAAAAUCCAAGAAGGUUACUUCGUUCAGGGUCAUCCUCAUUUACUCGGUUGUAUCAGAAAUACCAUGAAUCGUCCUUCGCACCAAGAAUUUUUCUAAAGACUGUUUUAUUCGAACCAAUUAUGUCUGUUCUAAUGAGAGAUGAAUUAAAACUGGAAAUAGAUCCACACAGAGUAAUUGCAGUUCAAAGCGUUGCUGAAAAUGUAAAAAUGUUUGGAGAUGAAACAUCCAGUGAAUAUGCGACAAAUCUACAAAACUACAAACAGCAGAUGAUAAAUCGAUUGCAUGUUAUUGUAUUGCAAUUUAUUAAGUCAAUAUGUGACAAUUGGUGUUUGUUACCGCUAGCAUUGCGAUGGUUAUCACAAUCGAUGUGCCAUUUUUUAUCCACAGCCAAAUUUCCAAAAGAAGAUGUUAAUAUAGUGAUAACGGAUAUGAUAUUUACAAAUUUCAUCUGUCCUGCAAUAUUAAGUCCGAAUAUAUAUGGAAUUAUAGACGCACCUAUAUCAGAGAAUACUCGCUUCAACCUUAUUGUAAUUGGACAAAUCUUGCAAGCCUUGGCAUUAAUUGAAUAUCAGCCAUUCGAUGAUAAAUUGCGGGAUUUAUUCAAUCGAUUUGAUAGAAACUGCAUUAGUGACUUGUUAAAACAAUUACAUCAAGAGGAGUUCACUGGAAACUUCGAGUUCAGUGCAUCGAUUGAGCUUCACAAUUCAAGUAAAAUUGUGCUGGCGACACACAAUGAACUUACAGCGUUAAUAAAAGUACUAAAAACAACCAUUGAGCAAGAUGGAAUGCAAUUCUCGUUGGGUGAAAAGAGUAAAAUUAAACAAAUACUCGAUCAAUUGCCAGAUCCUGCUGAAAUAGUAACAGAGUUUCAAACAAAAACUGAUAAUUUACCGGUUCACAGCACUGGUACCAAACCCAAAUCAAAGUUGAAGAGUCGUUUGUCAAAAGCCCGAAGUUUAAAUAACUCGCCAUUUCAAUAUUAUCGUGAAUCGGAAAAUAAAUCUUACAUAUGCAAUAACAAUAAUAACAACAACAAUAAUAAUAAUCGAAAUGACGAGGACACAAUAUUUAUUAUUCCACUAUCAACGAAUGAAGACAAAAAAAUGCUAACCGAAGAAGAACUGCUGAACACUUUAUCUGUAGCAAUGGAUUCAAAAGAUUUAACAGAGCCUUAUGUUGAACAAAUGAACAUGCAACGUAGUUCAAACAAAGCAGUAAUUCCUGAACACAAUGAAAGAGAAAAACCAAAAUGUUUUGUACUCCCUCAAGAUGAUGCGUCAAUUGGCAAUACCUCUGACAAUUUGGAGGCAGUCAGUGAAGCUCACAGUAACCACUCAGUAGCAAGCUCUUUAGAAUUAGAGGAAGCAGAUCAAAAUGAUAACGACAAUCUCUCAGAUAUGAUUUCUGCCAACGUAUCCGGUAGAGGAACACCCAAUAUAUCUGGACGUGACACUCCUUCAUCACAAAUUACAGAAGGGGGUGGAGAGGUUCAACAAUUCGCAACUCCUCAGAUGACCAAAAUAUUAAAUAAAACUCGAUCAGAUAUUGAGGAUAAAUUUUGCAAAUUUGAAAUAAAGAAACUAAUUGAAGGAGAUGAAACCAUUUCAAUUAUUUCAGACACAUGGAGCACCGAUGUUCUUGCAUCAGAUUCGGAAGCAAUUGAAACAAAUGAAAGGAAUUUUUCUACUCCUCUGAUUCCAGCUACUCCUUUAAUGCCGGGCGAUCAAAAUUACAAUUCGCUCGGGAACUCCUUUGGCCAACUACGGAUUACGAACAUAGAUAUGGAAACACAGUCUGAAUCGGCAUGGAGCACUGAUGCUGUGGUUGAUGUAGAUGAUAUUCAAAGUGUGAUUACUCGUUCCGAUGCUACUGAUUUAGUUUCCAGGGAUAACGAAAUGCCUGUUAUUCCAAAUAAUACUUCAAUAGAUGUAUCGUUUUGUGCAUUAAAAACUUCAAAUCAAACACCAGCUACAGUCACUUGCAAUUUGCUUUCACAUAAUCAAUUGGAUUUUUCUCGGAACGUAGCGUAUGAAACAGUGCCCAAAAAUGACGCUUUCUCAAACUCAAUUGGUAAAAACAUUGGAAAUUGCCUGCAACCAAGUUGUAUACCGAAUCGCCAAAGUUCAACAGAUAGUUAUAAUUCCAAUAGUGGUUCGGAGAGCAAAGUAAAAUCGAGUAGUAGCGAUAUUAAUGAUAAUAAGUUUAAAAAUAACUACGUUGAAAAAAUGGGUUAUCACAAAUUACACAAAAGUAAGGAUAAAAUUUCUAAUAAUGCUAAGUGUAUUGCACAGGAGAGCAAUUCAACAGCUGAGUGUAUAUUAACUCAUAGGAUUGCAGUAAAUCGUUCCGUUGAAACGCUUGAUUACGGCUUUCCAAUAUUGAGCAAUCAUAAUAAUGCAAAUUCGAAUAAUCCAGUGUUUCAAAGUGCUUCGGAACGAUAUGACAUUAAUAGCUUCGACGAUGACUCACCGGUAGAACACAGACGACUAUCCUCAGAGCAGCGAAAUGCUAAAUUUGAUUCCAGGCGUAAUGGGAUGAUUGAUCUCUUCGGAAAUAUAUCCUUUUCUAAUCUGUUAAGUUUAGCUGAUGAUUCUAUAGAUCGAGGAAUGCCAUUUACGCCUUCGCACAGCUUACCAAAGGAUGUAAGAUACCACACCAGCGUUAGCGAUUCUAUGUCAUGUGCUUCACAAACAAAUCUUGUAAAUUUGACUUCACCUUGUCACAAAACAACGCAAUUCGCAAAUAAAUCGUUACUCCCAGCAGAAGCGAAUUCAGAAAAUAGUUUCCUUUUUCAUAACGCUGAAACUCAAAAUAAGCAAAUUGAAGGUAGAUCUACGGCAAAAUACCUUACAAAAUCUACUGGAACCAUUCCAAAGAGCAUUAGUUUCGACUCGUCGGCUGAUAAAGCUAGUUGUACAAGCAGUUCAUUGUUGGCGGAUUCUACACGUAUGGAUUGCUCAAAAACACACAGUGGUCUUCUAACAAAAAUUAAACUUGGAUUCAAGAACAGAAGGAGUUCUAAUAUACCAAACAGCAAGCUUCGCUUGAAUGGCCAUGCAUUAUCAGUGAAUAGUGAUGGAUUUUCACUGAACACGGGAAAUUCAAUUAUCACCAAUAUCAAUGACCCAUUGAGCAAUGGUGAAACGACUGAAGAUAUUCUUGCAAAAUAUCGACGAAAAACUUCAACUUCUUCUGAAACGGCAGCGUCGGAUUCUACUAGCAAUAACUCAAGCUCCAACAAAAGUAAAAAUGGAGACAUCGACCAAAGGAAAAGUAGAGAGCGCAGUACUUCUAGAUACUCCCCUACGUUCGAUGUGGCCAAACGAUACCUUCGCAAUAUUUUAUCGAAUACAGAGAUAUAUUCUUCAGAUUUUCAGCAGUAUAGUGAUAACUGCACCAGCCCAUUAGUUAUGUAUUUACGAAUACUGCAAGCACAAGCUUUGAGCAACCAUAAUAUUCAGCAGUUGUCAUGUAUUUCAGAAUUGUUUAGAUGUUUGAAGUCCAUCGAACCUGCGACUCAGAACCUGUUGCUUAAAGAACUUCAGAAUGAUAUCUUAAAUCGAAAGGCAUAUAUAAAAUAUCUCAUCAAUUGUCGUCAAACAUUAUUAUCCUCGAUAGACUGUUUAUCAUCAUUCAAGAGCUACCUCGAAGAAGAAAGCCAGAUGACGAUUCGUCACAUAAUUAUGAUAUGUGUAAAAAUGUUUGUAGAAAAGAAGGAAACAGCUGUACAGAAGUUUCACAGGGAAUUCACCCAAUUAACGGUUGUUGAUGAGAGGAAAGAUCUGCUUAAUGAAUUCUUAGAUACAUUGAUGGAUGAAUUGAAAACAAAUGCUGUGUUAGGCAGCAUGACAGAAUGGCAAACUUGUGAAGCACGACACAGCAUGGAAUGCAUUUUAUUACACAGACUCUAUAAUUUUGUAAUGUUUCCUAAUGAUGAAGGCGAUAUUUCACGCGAUCAUGUGCUUCAUGAGCAUAUUGGCCGGUUAGCAAAAUCAAUCACGCCAUCCCAUUCGCAGCUGCGUAUUCCCUCAGUAUAUAUUGAAGAGGCCCCUUGGUUUUAUGCGCAACGGCAAUUAUCAUUUAUGUCGGCAUAUAAAACACCUCAUGGAAAAGUGAGCUGUGUCAUCAAGUGCAUAAAAAGCUUAUUAAGCUUAUUAUCAAUGGGAGCUGGUCGUCCAAUUCCUGCGGCUGAUGAUAUAGUUCCUGUUCUAAUAUAUGUUAUCAUUCAGAGUAACCCUAUAAAUCUACUUUCAACGAUUGAAUAUGUUAAUUGUUUUAUUGGUGAUACAUUAACGGGAGAAAAAGAAUAUUGGUGGACACAGUUUUGCUCAGCAGUAACUUUUAUUAAAACGAUGGAUUAUUGUGAAUAAUUUAUUUUUAUGUUAUAUU